GUAUUGACUGUUCUUUUCAUGUGUCAAUUUUGUUGUACCUAAUUUUCGGCUGUUUCUGUAAAAUGUUUAAAUAAUUUUAUUGAAGUACUUGCUGAUUGAUAAUUCAAAAUAUAAAUGAUAGAUGACUAUUUGCAGACGUGGUCUAAAUAAAUUGACCUGAGAAACAAUAAAUUUAACCAAAAUGACGGUGGACGGCGACGACAAACCGUCUAGGGACCGUGUGUUCAUGGAUAUUUCUAUCGGAGGUCUUCCUUCAGGCCGGAUAGUAUUCGAGUUAUUUAACGAUGUAGCGCCAAAGACCUGCGAAAAUUUCCGGGCCCUUUGUGCUGGUGAUAAGGGGGUUGGGAAAACAACAGGAAAGCCCUUAACAUACAAGGGCAUGGUUUUCCACCGGGUGGUGAAAGAUUUCAUGAUACAAGGCGGAGACUUCACUAAUGCUAAUGGAACUGGCGGGGAAUCAAUUUAUGGUGGGACCUUUGAAGAUGAGACAUUUGAACUGAAACAUGACAGUCCGUUCCUAUUGUCAAUGGCUAACAGAGGCAAAGACACAAACGGUUCACAGUUCUUUAUAACAACACAGCCGGCGCCGCAUCUCGACAAUGUGCACGUAGUGUUCGGCGCGGUGGUGGGCGGCGCGGCGCUGGUGCGGCAGCUGGAGGCGCUGCCGGUGGACCGCAACGCGCGCCCGCUGCAGGACGUCGCCGUCACCAACUGCGGACAGCUCGUCAGGGUCAAGGGUAAAAAACGCAAACAGGAGAAGGAGAAAGUAAAAGAUGACAGCGAUGCGGAAUCGGAGAAAUCUAGGAAAGAGAAAAAGAAAAAGAAAGAUAAGAAAAAAAAGAGACACCACUCGGAACCGUCCGAGGGCGAGCAGACUCCAGAGCCAGCUCACCCCCUGGUCACCACCUCCAAGAUCGACCCCCGGGAGAUACCCGAUGUGCCAACUAACCGGUUCCUCAUGAGGGGCGGGAGGGAGCAGGACAGGGAGAGGGAGAGGGGAGACAGGAGGGAGCGGGAGAGGCCCAGAUACCGUGAGAGGGAACGCCACGCGUACACACGCAGCGGACGCAUCGUUAAAGGGAGGGGAGUUUUUCGCUACCGCACGCCGUCCCGCUCGCGCUCGCGCUCGCGCUCGGUGACGCCGCCGCACUGGCGCCAGGCGCAGCGACGCAUCGUCAAGCUCGCCGACGUCGAGCGUGUCGAAGCGGAGCGAGAGCAUGAAGCUCCUAAAAAAAUUGUGGAGAAACAAACUACUCGCAGAGCAUCUCGCACGCCGCCGCCGCGCCCGGCCGCGGAGAGAGAGGACGGGGAGUGCGACGACUCCGUCUUAGAGCCAGCUCGCGAUGGACGCGUCGAUUACAACGCGUUGGACUUCGAAGAGGACGUGGAGCAAGAGGAAGAGGGUGAGGUUCCGCACAAGAAGGUGGAGAGGCGCGAGCCCCGCGCUGAGAACAAAGCCGACAUACUGGCUCGCGCGCUCGGCGUUAAUCCCAAACAUGAACUGUUCAGGGACUCGAAGAAGGGUCAGCGUGAGUUCCGGCGCCGCGAGGGCCCCGCGUCCACGGUCGCGUUCGCAGCGCCCAAGCUGCCCUCCGCAGUGGCCGCAGUGGCCGCAGCGCCCGCAGCGUCCGCAGCGCUCGGCGUCGCAGCAAAUGCUGAGAGAGACCCGCCGAAGAACAAGGACGAGUACGAUCCGUUCAGUUUGCUGAGAAGCACGUUUAGCAGGAACAAGGAGCAUGGCGGCAGAAGGGAUGAAGCCGCAGACAGUCGCCGUGAAAUGGAAAGGCAGAGAGAUGAUAAGUAUAGUAAAAGGGACAAGUACAGGAGCGAAAGAGACCGCUCGUACCAAAGAGACGAGCGUAAAGAGGAUAGAGAUACCCGUAGGAAAGAUAGAACCCAAGAAAGGUCGGCCGACAGAGAACCGGCUAACAAAGAUGACGAUGAAAUCAAAGAGAAAGAUAAACAAGAUGAUAUCGCUGUAAAAAUCAUAAAAGCGCCAGAAGAUAAAGAUAAAAGCGAGAGUGCAGACGAAGGGAAGGGAAAAGAAAAGGAGAAGGAGAAGCAAAAAGACAAGGCCGCCGAGAGAAUAAGAUACAGCCGGUCGAGAGACAGGUCCGUAGAGCGCGACCGGUCCAAGGAUAAGUCCGUUGAUAGACAUAGGAAAGAGAAGCGCGAAAAGGAGGAUAAGAGAGACAGAUCUACAGAUAGAGAAAGAUUGAGACACGAGAAGAGGGACAGAUCGUCCGACAGGAAUAGAAAUGAGAAGAGAGAUAGGUCAGUGGAGAGAGACAGACGCGAAAGAUCGAGCGAACGCAAGCGGGACAGAUCCCGGGAUAGGCGUGACCGAUCUAAAGAUAGAGAUGGGAAGAGGGAGAGAUCUAAGGAAAGGGUACGUGACAGGUCUAAGGAAAGGUCCAGGGACAGGCGCUCGGAGAAAAGGGAGAGAGAAUCAAGCCGGGAUAAGUCGCGUGAGCGAUCUGAUAAGAAAGAUAAAGGCGCGGAUAAAAGCAGAUCAAAAUCACCGGAAGUAGAAAAGAAAACUCCAGCCGCAGAAACGCAGGAGAAAGAUGAUGAUGAGAAAAAGAAAGAGGAAGAAAGGAACGAAGCGCGCAAAGAGCUGAUGGAAAUAGUGCGCCUUAUAAAGUCUAGACAACGAGACAGGGAAAGCAAGGCGGCAGAAGCGAAAAAGAAGAAGCCAGAGUCGUCAGGUGACUCUUCGUCAGAGGAAGAGAGAUCUAAGAAGAGAAGGUCUUCGGAUAGAGACAGGAAGAGAAGUAGGAGCAGGUCUCGAAAGAGCAGCGAGCGUGGAAGCCGACGGUCCCGCUCUCCGCGGAGACAUCGCCGACGACGGUCUUCUGAACGUUAAACCAAAUGAAUUAUCAUUUAUAGUCACCUACCAUCAAAACACCUCACUUGUAGUCUCUUACCAUCA